UUGCACCCUCCCAUUCAGAUUAAACUCGAGCUAGGCAGUCAGGCGGCUUCAUACAACAACUCCCCAUCACACGUCAGAGGCGGUUUCAUUAUUUAAAGUUGAAUCAAGUGGAGAAGAAAGUUUUUGCGACAGAGACAACGUUGCCUAGCAGCUCAUAGGCGGUGAAACUAGUUGUUUUGCACAGUUUAUCACACAGUUCCUACGGAUAUAAUUGUUCUAAAUCAAUUAUGCCCCAGACUGUGACACUGAAGGGACCCUCACCUUGGGGUUUUCGACUGGUCGGUGGAAGGGACUUUAGUACACCGUUAACUAUUUCGCGGGUAACACCGGGCAGUAAGGCAGCACAGGGGGACCUGUGUCCUGGAGACACUAUCCUGGCCAUCAAUGGGGACAGCACAGAGACCAUGACACACAUGGAGGCCCAGAACAGGAUCAAGGCCUGCAUGGGGGAGCUCACACUGGCCAUCAGCAGGUCUGAAGACAAAGUCUUGUCUCCAACUGUUAUUGAAGAUGGCAAGACAAGUCCAUUCAUGGCUACAUUGGAGUCUGAGUCCACACAGAAUUUCCGACCCAUCAGCUCCGGACCAAUCACCGGUGGAUACACCAGUGGCUACAGCAGCGGGUACAACAGCAGUGGUUACAACCGAAAACCCUCCUACGUUUCCGAGCCGCCGCACCUCAACAACGGCACCUCCAAGCAGCCCAACAACGUGCAGUACAACAACCCAGCCGGCCUGUACGCGCACAACAAUGGCAACAACGGAGACAGAGACAGGGUCUUACCAAAACAAAUGGGCGGCCUGAGCCUGAGCUCCCCACACAGCCCUGAGCCUCCGAUGCAUUCUCCUCUGGGCCGUAAUGGGAACGCUCAUAGUUUUGAAGUCACCACAGAGUCAGACGUGUACAAGAUGCUGCAGGACCCGGAGGAGCCAGUCUCUGCACCCAAACAGUCCGGCUCCUUCAAAUACCUACAGGGCAUACUGGAGGCAGAGGAUGGAGGUGUGUCCCCCACUGACAGGUCAGGAGUGAGAGGCCUAAGGUCCCCAGUUCAAUCCCCAGUCCCUAAAUUGGGCAGCCCCAUUCCCGGCCCCAUGGGCCCGAUGCCUGGCCUACAGAAACUCCCCCAGUGCACGCGCUGUGGCAACGGCAUAGUGGGCACCAUCGUGAAGGCCAGAGACAAACUGUACCACACAGAGUGCUUCAUGUGUGACGACUGCGGCCUGAACCUCAAGCAGAAGGGCUACUUCUUCAUUGAGGAGAACCUGUACUGUGAGACCCACGCCAUGGCCCGUGUCCAGCCUCCUGAGGGAUAUGAUGUGGUUGCAGUCUACCCCAACUCCAAGGUUGAACUGGUCUGAGCUGGACAGACUUUAAACACAACCCUUCUGUCUUAACCACAGCUCCCAGCAGGUAGCAAGGUCUUCUAUUUCCAAUCCAAUACACUACAUGUCUAAGCUGUCGCCGGAAAAGAUGUCAGUUGAGAGUGGGAUACUGGAGAGAGGUGUGCAGAGGUUUCUAGUCUCUCUUUAGCUCUUUCCCACAUACUGUACAGCAUACUAUUACUAUUUCUGACAGACUUUACAUUUUUACCCCUGCUGAGUAAAAAAACAAUGUGAGGGCUUUUCUUUGUGUCAAUAGCACCUUUAGAUCUUGUUGAAACAUAAGCAAUAUGCAACCGAAUGACAUCUCACAUCUGGGGGUGGUUUUCUAUUUUUAACCCUGCUGACUAAAAUGCAGUUAGUGGAAUGGAAUUAGGGUCAAGCACCUGACUGUGACUGGAAUUUAACUUUCACUGCUUCUCACGGUUUCUACAGUUAAAGAACUCCAGCUUCAUUACAUCUGGUGAAGUACAUUCCAGUGCCACACGAGAAAGCCGUUUGUCUCUCCCACUGUAGCAGCUUUUAAAAAGCUGUGGGGAGCAGAGACGCAAGGACAUGGAAAACAAUGAAAUCCAGCCCGUGAAUCUAGGAACAUGCGGGAAUAAUCAAUCUAUUUAGGUUCUGUGGCACAUUUUGUAGAAACAGACAGACAGUGCUUGUUGGCUGAGGGACGGUAUUUGAAAGAGUAUAUUGUUUUCUUCUUGUUUGACAUGUAUAGUCAUAGCCAAGUCCACUGAAUUAAUCAGACUUCUACAUUUCCAGGGAGGGAUGGCAUUUAUGUGCUUUAGGAAAUGACAAAAAUAUUCACGCUGGGAACAAAGUCUCUUCCCCUGAAAUUGUAGGAUGAACAAUAGUUGGAUGAAAAGUGCUAUUUGUAAAAUAUUUGAUUCUUUAAAAAAAAAAACAAGUUUUUUUUUUUUUUUUUCUCCAUCUCAUAGUGCUUGUUAUUCGAUAUCCACCAUAACCCUAACGUUUAGCUACUGGAAUGCCAACUAGGACAGUAGUUUGUAAAUUAUUUGUGUGUUUUUAGUUGUAAUUGUACAUAUUUGUUUCAUGUCUGUUUAACAAACAUAACUAGUCACUCUGCCUUCACACGUCUGUGUGGUUUUAAGUGCUUACUGUGUGUAGUCACAGAAUCCUCUCGUGUUUAACUUAUUGUUUUGCAGACACAUUUCACUCUGGUUUCUUCGAUUUGUUUUUUAAGAUAUAAUAAAGUGAAAAAUAAGUAAUCAUA